GGCACUCAGUGCGCUUUCACCUGUGAGCGAAACCUGACAUGUGAAUAUUGAGUGGUGAGGCGACCAGAGGAAUUGUUCCACGAGGUGAUUGAUUCAUUGCCAGGAGAUCUUCCGAGGUUCCUAGGAAGUCUUCCCAAAUCAGACCUGUUUACUAUAUACUGAGAGCCGUGUUAUAGAAUCUUCUAAUAUAAUAUCGAAGUGGAGUGUUGUUUGAUGGGUUGGACGGGAACUUGUAGAAGUGAUGGCCCGAAGUAGCAAGUUCGUCAUCCUGGUGGUGUUUUUCGCCACGACGGAAUUCCUCACGAUUUUCUACUAUGAACACGACAGACUCUACUCCUUUGAUAAGAUCAACAGCAAUCAGACUCAGCUCGCCGGAGGAAACACAACGCAGACUUUGGAACGUAUUGAGAAGGAAAUCCACGAAGAAGAAGACGCUAUUUAUGGCUCUCGUCCUUCAGCUCCUACAGCGACAAAGGAAACCUUGCCUGGACCACCGGACGAUGCAGCUCUCAAGAAAGUCGAAGACAGGUUUAGGAGCCGCAAAGAACACCUGGAAAAGGCGUGUGACAAAUUCCGACCGGUCCACAGUUCUCCUGUACACCAUAGGAAGACGGAUCAGUUCUUAAUUAACAGACACUACGGCCUCAUUUGGUGCAACAUCUUCAAAGCAGCUUCCAGCUCCUGGCUGUGGAAUUUCAACUUGCUGGCUGGUUACACUGAGAAGCAGCUGAUAGAAAAAAGUGACCAGCCGUUAACACUGGCGAGGAAGAAAUACCCAAGACCUGCGCCCACGACAGUAGAUGCCACCAGAAGAGGCGAACCUCCACCUUUAACAUUCAUUAUAGUCAGACAUCCAUUUGCUCGUCUAGUCUCAGCUUUCAGAGACAAGAUCCUGAAAGGCUCAUCUUUCUACCGCCCUCUGGCCAAAGCUAUGAUGAUGAAACACAGAGAGCUGUAUGAGCAACACCCGGACGAUUGGCACGACUUCUUGAAGGUGAAGUCUUUGGAUAUGCCAACUUUUGCCCAGUUCGUGCAGUACAUCAUAGACGAGAGGAAGCACCGAAGGCCUCUCAAUGAGCACUGGGUUCCAAUGAACGAUUAUUGCACGCCCUGCCCUAAUCAUUUCGACAUCAUUGCAAAGGUAGAGACGCUGGAUGAGGAUGGUAAUUACAUCAUAUAUAAAUCAGGUGUGCAAGAUAUCGUUAGACCGAGAGUACUCAACAAAGCCGAGGGCAGGUCAUCAGACAAAUUAACUGAGUAUUUCAUCUGCCAGCUCACGGAACCCCAACUGAUGAAGCUGAUCGAAGUGUACAAAUACGAUCUAGAAAUAUUCGACUACGAUGUCCAAAAAUACCUUGACUGUGUGAGAACAGGGAAACCCUCCAGAAAACCCAGAUAGGUUAACCGUUAACGGAUAUUCAGUGAAAUUUAAUAAUUUUAGAAGUGUUGUGUAUUUCAUUCAUCAAAGACGUUGUUUCAUAUUAGUUUUUGAUUUGCUAAGAAAAGUAAUAGACAAAAGCGGUUUCUAACUCAAAGUCAUCAUUGGAUUACUCUGGUUCUUCGCGUUAAAAGGGUUAGCAGUUUGCCAGGUUGGGUUUUCUCUGAACUGGCUGCUACUCUGCUACUUAAAAGCUUUUCUUUUUUUCUUACUCUUGGCGAACAAACUGGAUUGGAGAAAUGGACAGUUCAGAUUCCAUAUACCAUACUAGCUUUGUGUUAAUCUUGAAUUCCAUUACCUUACAGAGAAGGCUGUUCGGAAGACAAACAACAUCUUUGUGUUAAUCUUGGAUUCCAUUACCUUACAGACAUGGCUGUUCUUUUCUUAAUGACUUUACAGUUAUCUUAUAUUCAGGCACCAAAUCACACUUUUUUGACCACCAGAAUUCGGCGAUUGUUGCGUUUAAUUCCUACUGACUUGCUCUUCCACUGAAAUUCCAGUCUCAUACCUCAAGCCUUCUCAGAUCUGUAGGAUUCACUGGAGAAUGAAAAACUGCACUUGCUUAUAAAGUCUGACCAUUUGAUUAAUAUCUGAAUCUGAAAACACCAGUGAAUCCUCUUCCUGAGUUCUGAAAAUUCAUCCUUUGACAAGUAUCAAGGGAGCUUAUCACUAUUUUAGAACUGACACAAAUCCUACAUUUGCUUUCUUCUGAGUCGAACAUAAACAAACUCUCACUUGUUUUCUGUCACGUCGUGUGCCUGCGACGUCAGGAACGCUGAUAAUCACCUUACUGUAUAUAUAUAUAU